AUGAAAAGAAUGAAAUAUAUUAACCUAACUCAUUUGAGUUUGCAGGCAUCACUGUUGGGUGAAGCAAUUACUGGGAAAGGAAUCCUUGCUCAACUCAAUCUGGAAACUGGAAUUCCCAUUUAUGAAGCAGAGCCUCUUCUCCUUUUCUUCAUUCUUUUCACACUUCUUGGAGCCAUUGGAGCAUUGGGGGACCGUGGCAAAUUUGUUGAUGACCCUCCCACUGGACUCGAUAGGGCGUUCAUUCCCCCAGGCAAAGGCUUCAGAGCAGCUCUCGGCCUCAGUGAAGGGGGUCCUUUAUUUGGGUUUACCAAAGCAAACGAGCUCUUUGUUGGAAGAUUGGCCCAGUUAGGUUUUGCUUUCUCUUUGAUUGGCGAAAUUAUCACUGGAAAAGGAGCUCUGGCUCAGCUCAACAUUGAGACAGGGGUGCCCAUUAAUGAAAUCGAACCACUAGUGUUGUUCAGUGUCGUGUUCUUCUUUUUUGCUGCUUUGAAUCCAGGAACUGGUCGUUUUGUUACAGACGAGGAUGGGGAAGAUUAG